AUGGACGCAUUUGUCGCGCAUCUAGUACAUAAUGGCGAGCAGACGAGCGGCACGGACCAGCAGCUGCUGGCAGGAGCUAUAAGUCUAGAAACGGCACAGCAGCUAGCCAAGACCCUGUCGUCGCGGUUGGAUUCGGGCAAAGAGAAAAUUCGUGCGCAUUUGCACCAAAAUUACGACACAUACCUGAAGACAGUCACUGAAGCUAGUGAGACGCAAGCAAAGGUCUCUGAGCUGCUCUGCGGCAUCGAUGAGCUGGAACUAAGCUUUGGCGACGAGGAAACUGGAAUCCGUACGCGCCUGCUCGGGGCCAUCGACAAGCAGACACGGGCUGAGCAGCAGCUCAACGAGAACCAGACAGUGCUGGAGUGCCUGCGCGCAUUGGCAAGCAUCAAUGGGCAUGUACACAUACUGGACUCGCUGAUAAAAAGCAACGACUAUCUGGAGGCAGCCCGGGUAAUUAAGGAGAUUGGACAUAUGCUGGACGAGACAGAGGCCAUAGAAGGGACAAGGAUCAAGAAUGCGCUGUUGGAGAGGGUGGAGCUAGCGCAGCUUAAUGUCAGAGAAAAUGCGUUUAAGGCUGCACGCAAACUGUUGGAGAUCAGCGUCGACAAAGAAAGUGCUGCGAUUCGGGUCUCUGGAAUCGACGGACGGGAACCCGGAGACCUAGUGAAGGGUUUGUUUGGUGCUUUGGAGAUAUUAGAUGCAGCUAGCGAGCUGCGUGAAGCUAUCGGAGAACACUUUAUCAAGUCAUUUGUGCGGCCAGUUCUUUCGGUGCAGUCGGCAUCGGUAGCAGACAGCAGCCACAGCGAGCUGCCAGAAGCAGCCUUUGUCGCUGACCUCGAUGACACAGGCAAAAAGAGUUCGACAGCAGCGGAGCUCUGUGGUGUAGUGACCGGAGCGAUAUCUUUCAUCAACAAGGCAUUCGGGGUCGACAGUAACCUGGCACUGUGGGACAACCAGUGCGGCAUCGAUAUCUGCAGCCUUGUGAUUGAGCGGUGCUUCCUCAAUACCAUUCCUACCAAGCGGUGUGACUUGGCACAGUUCAGCACUGUCACCGACUCGUUGGUAGGAUCUGAGAAGCAGCUUGCUGAGCUGAGACUGCUGGGUGACGAAAGCCGCCCGAUAUCUUUGGCAGUGGGCCGGCUUGAUGAGAUAUAUGCAACUCGGCGCUGCGGCGCGGCGCUAGAGCUGGCACGGACUCUGGCAGAGAGUUCCAAAUUCGCCAUCCACGAGCUGAGCCAGCACGAGAUUUGGUCUGCAGACUUUGUCCAGGCGCUAGUCGAUGAUUCUGACUGCGAAGUUGCACCGCGGCUUGCUGAUGCGGCAGGCAAGAUUGGCUCUGGGCAUGUGUUCCCAAAGUGCACAAUCUCUCAGACCAUGAGCCAGCUGGUUGCAGAGGCCUACAGGCUUGUGAACGAGGCAGCCCAGACCCGGCCAAUGGCUGACGCAGCUGUAGUGCAGUACUGUUUGGCAGCCUGCAACCUAUUCGAUCUGUAUCGCCUGCUCUACCCUGUCCUUCAUCGGGCUGAGCUAUCGAAGAUCCCCUCAUUGGCGUGGCAGUUUUUCAGCGACUGCAUGUACGCGUCGCACCACGCGCGGAUCCUACAGCGCUUUACAAAAGAGCUGUUCGGUGAUAGUGUCGGUGAUGUGCUGCCGCUGUGGCAGACUACGUCCACCCUGUACUUUGACGUCGGCAACGCGCAGAUUUCGGCGCUAGUGCAGCGUGAGACAAAGGAGAUCCGGUCGAUGGUGGAUGCCAACAAAGACGGGUUCUUGAAUGCCUCGGAUGAGCUGCAGAAAGGAAAACUCGAGAGAAUGGCUAAGCAGGUCAGGCUAGUCGUCACACAGCUUGCCAAGGGCAUGCGGCCGCCAGUGACCACGCCUCACAUAUUCUACAGCACACUUGGCCGUUUUGUUGAUGCUGCUUUUGGCGAGAUUAUCGACAACAUUGUCGAUAUUCGUGAUAUCGGAGUCGACGACUCGCAGGUGCUCAGCGACCAUUGCCGCACAAUCUAUGCUCUGACAGGCCUGUUCCAGCUUGAUUCCACGGUCCUGAGCCAGUAUGCCGACAUUGCUAAAUCCGAGGCGCCAGCAGAGCAUGACGAGCUGCUUGAUUCUGACGAUGAGGCGGACGAUCCGGUGGACGGCAGCUCGAGCAGCGCCAAGAUUGCGCUAGAGCACUGCAUGCUGGGCAACAAACUGCUGCAGCUAGCAGAUAUUCUGCUUAUCUCGCGCGCUGACAUUCUCGCGCGGCGGCGAGCCGGGCUGCUGGCGCAGUUCGCCGUUGACGACCUGGUGAAUCUGAUCCGCGCCCUGUUUUCGGAAACGCCCGAGCGCGCCCAGGAUAUCGAGGCCAUCAGGAACAUGUAG